AUGCAGAGAAACCGGAGGAUCAGAGUGUGUCUUCUGCAAAAAAACAACACACUUUCAGCCACACCAGGAUCAUGAACAGCGCGGUGAAUCAUGGCGGAAAGCGAGAACGGGAAAGACGGCAAAAGCGCUGCAAAAAGACCGAAAAUAGAUGCGGAAAACGAGAAAAGAAAUGCUGAUGAACAGUCCACCGAUAACCCAGUGGUAGACUUCCAGCUCACCCGCAUUCUACGCGAUAAUCCACGAGAAAAGAGCAUCUUCAUUCACGGAAAGGUGAAGGAUCAGGAUGCUGUUGUGAUCCUGGAGAAAUCUCCGUUCAGACAGGACUCGCUGCCUGAGUUACUAAAGACUAGUCAACUCAAGCUGGAGAUGCAGAAUGACGUGUAUAGCACAUACCAGCUGCACGCACCGCCACAACUCAAUGAAAUCAAAACAACAGUAAUGUGCCCCGCCACGGAGAAGCAUAUUAAGAAGUAUUUGCACCAGGAGGUUUUUCUGCUUGAAGAAUCAGGUGAAGAUUACCGCAACCUCACCUUACCAUACAUCAGCGGCCAGAGCUUCAGUGUGCAGUGGGUGUAUAACAUAUUAGAGAAGAAAGCAGAGGCGGAUCGGAUUGUUUUCGAGGAUCCAGACCCUGAUGCUGGUUUCGUUUUGCUGCCUGAUUUCAAAUGGGACCAAAAGCAGCUACAGGACCUGUAUUUGAUUGCCAUCGUCCACAGGAGGGACAUAAAAAGUUUGCGGGAUCUUACAGCAGAGCACCUGACGCUGCUCACAAACAUUCGAAGUAAAGGAGAGGAAACCAUUCAGAAGAAGUACGGCGUCCCUCCAAGCAAACUACGUGUGUAUUUUCACUAUCAGCCAUCGUACUAUCACCUCCACGUCCAUUUCACCGCGGUGGAGUACAACGUUCCUGGUUGUGGAGUGGAAAGAGCUCACCUGCUUUCAGAUGUCAUCCAGAACUUGCAGUUGGAUUCCAGUUACUAUCACAACCGCAGCCUGUCGUUUCCACUGCGAGCUGAUGAUGGGCUGCUCCAACGGUUCAGAGAGGCCGGGAAAAUUUAGUGAUGUUUGCUACAUUUUUUUAAAAGCUUGUUUCUUAAAGGGACAGAUCAACCAGAAAUUACCAUUUAGUCAUACUCUAUUUUAUUAAACAUCAACUGGAUAUUGUUUCUGUAAGCGUGUUCUGCUGGAUUUCUCAGAAUAUAUGUGCGGUUUCUGAACUCUCCUUUUUUCUCCAAAUGGGUUCAUUUUAAGUCACUUAGAGUAAAACUGUUGAGUUUUAUAAUUAAUUAAUUUAUUUUUGUAUCCAUUCAGCCGAUUUCUGGAUCUGGCGGGAUCACUUUUAGCUUAGCUUAGCAUAGGUCAUUGAAUCGGAUUAGACCAUUAGCAUCUCACUCAAAGUCCUCUGCUGUUACUUUAUUUACUAAGACUGUCAAAUUCACUAUUUUAAAGGCCUAUAUGACUAGGAUCUAUGUUCUCAUUUUGGCGUUAUAAUCAAGUAAGUUUGCUGCUGUACCAUGGCUUCAGCAGGCACAAUGAUAUUACGCAGUAGUCUCCAGCUGGAUAACCACAGUAACAGCGACACAUGAUUUCAUUUUCCUGCUGCAGCGAAAGUUCCUUGAUUAUUACGCUGGAAUUACUAGCCAUAUCAGCCUAGAAAAUAGCAAGUUUUUUUUUUUUUUUAUAAUUUUUAGAUGUUUUUCACCUUCAAUUGGAAAGGACAGUGGAGGUUACAAACAGGAAAGAAUUUACAUUUACAUUUAGUCAUUUAGCAGACGCUUUUAUCCAAAGCGAGUUGGGAGAAUUGGGAGCAGAGAGAGAGGGGAAGGGUCGGCAAAGCACCUCUGUGCUACAUGUCGACGUACUUUAACCACUACACUAUUGUUAAAAAAAUUGCUAAUGAUCUAAUCUGAUUUAAUAAAAUAUGUUAAGCUAAGCUAAAUCUUGCUUAACUCUAGGUGAGCUAGAAACGUGGGGGGGAAAAAGUGAAGUGUUCCUUUAAAGCAGGGGUGCCCAAACUCGGUCUUCUAGGGCUGGUGUCCUGUAAAGUUUAGUUCCAACCCCAAUCAGACACACCUGGGCUGGCUAAUCAAGCUCUUACUAAGCUUUCUUGAAACAUCCCUUUUACGUUGAGGCAAGUUGGAGCAUAAAUCUUUAAUUGCUUUAAAGCAAGAGUUCAUUUCCAGAAUUAAAUUUUUGUCGUCAUUUGUUCACCAUCCACUUUUUUAACAAACCUGUUUGAGUUUUUUAUUUUUUAUUUUUUUAUUUAUGUUUAAACAUUUUGGUAUCUUAACAGUUAAAAUUUGGUAUGGAAAUCAAUGAAGACCAUCAACUGUAAGUGGAAGUCAGUGACCAAUCAUUCUGGAAGUUUACUGUACUCCUUAAAAGGAUGAGUUUUGCUCAUUUCGGGUCAAUUCAAUUAUGUUUUUGACCAAACUGCAAUACAAAAACACGUCACAUGGUACAUUGUUGGUACCAUUGCAAUACCAUUCAAAGCUUAAAGGGAUAGUUCACCCUAAAAUGAAAUUUUCAGUUAAUUUACUCACCCUUACAUCAUCUGAAAUGCAGUUGACUUUCUCUUUAAGACUUCUUGAAGACUAUUUCAAUAAUGUAGGAAAAAUUUCAGUAAAUUAACUGUAAAUGUUCAUUUUUUGGAUGAACUGUCUCUUUAAUGGUAUUUGUUGCAGCUUUAGAAUAUCCAGAACAAGCUUUAGAGUAAAUAAUGAAGUAAGUUUUUUGUUUUGGGUGAACUAACCCUUUAAUAUCUCUUUAAUUAUUGAAAGCUUAAAUUUACACUGCUUAUCUGUUUUAAAACAUGCAUUAUGGUCACUAUAAAAGUCAUUUUAUGACAUCUGCCAACAGUUUUUUGUCUAAAAUAUAUGCUUGAUUUUUGUAACUGUCUGUUUUUUUGUUGUUAUUAAAGUACAGGUUGUUUUUAAA